AUGGUGCCUAGGCUUCCUAGGACUCCCUCCGCAGCAUCGUCCUGGGCCAGCACCUCGUCCCCGUCGUCCUCGUCGCUAUUCUUGCGGCGCUGCCCACCAGCCUCAUCCCCAUUCUUCCUCCCACUCCGCCCGCGGUGGAGCUGGGGUUCUAAGAAGACCGACGUGCGGCACUAUCAUCGCGCCGUCUGGCCUUCCUACGGAAUCACCACCCCCGUCCCCGAUCGCUGCCCACAGUGCCCCAUCUUCAGAUCGCCCUUCUACUUCCAGACGGGCUACGCUCUGUGCGCGAAACGGACGUCAAGACCAUUUCCACCGCCGUUUCUCUCUCCGCCUUCUUCAUCUUUCUCGGAUCCACUCACGACACACUAUCAUAGCCAGGAUAAGAGAAUAUCCGUGGAAGGGGAGCUGGUGCGCGGGCUGAAUAAUGGCGAUGAUGCGGUGCUGGUCACGGAGAAUUUUCUCGGGGUGAAUGAUGGGGUUGGGGCGUGGGCGACGAGGCCGAGGGGUCAUGCUGCGCUCUGGUCUAGACUCAUACUACAUUUCUGGGCGCUGGAAGUUGAACGAAUACCCGACCCAAACGCGACGGUGGAUCCAAUCGCGUACCUUCAAAAAGCAUACGAAGAAACAAUUCGAGCUACAACCUCUCCGAGCGAAUGGUUCGGCACAACAACGUCCGUAACGGCGCUCCUGCACAAAACUCGUGACGCCACUACGGGCACCGAGAAACCCCUCCUCUACGUAACAAACAUUGGCGACUGCAAAGUCCUCGUCAUCCGACCUCGCGAAGAAAAAGUCCUCUUUCGUACAGAGGAACAAUGGCACUGGUUCGACUGUCCCGUGCAGCUCGGCACCAACAGCGUCGAUACCCCCCGGAACAACGCCGUGCUCUCGCGUGUUGAUUUGGAGGAGGACGAUAUUGUCCUUGCGCUCUCGGAUGGGGUCCUCGAUAACCUAUGGGAACACGAGGUUCUCUCGAUUACGCUAGAGGGAUUGAAGAAGUGGGAGCAUGGGCGGUAUGAUGAUAAGGAGCUUGAUUGGGCGCCGCCGGCUGUGCUCUCCGAGGGGAAGAUGGUGUUCCUGGCGAGGGAGUUGCUCAAGGCUGCAUUGGCGGUUGCGCAGGAUCCAUUUGCGGAGAGCCCGUAUAUGGAGAAGGCGGUUGAGGAGGGCCUUGCUAUCCAGGGUGGAAAAAUGGACGAUAUUAGCGUGGUUGUUGGCGUCUGCAAGAAGAGACAGCAUGACACAGAGCCGAAUUGCACGAAAUUAAUACCCGAUCAACCGGCGAGCUGA